CGCUCCGAGCGCAGAGAGGAGGAACAUGUUCGCCGUGCAGCUGCUGCGGGUGUCGGUACAUGAGCGGAUCAGCGCUGCCGCUGAAGACUUCCUGCUGCAGGUGGAGCAAGGAGGGGGAAAGGCUCAAGUCCUGGCGAUGAGAGCGAUGCUCACCGAGCGGCUAAUGGCGGCGGUUGAAGAGAUCCUCGCGGAGUUUGAGGAAACCGUGGCAGAGUACGAAGACCGAGUGGAGCGGACAGAGCCGUCCGAGCGGGAGAUCUGCCGCCAGAGGAGGCUGCUCGCUGCCGCGAUGAAGUCCGUGGUCCGGCUGCACAGAGCAGUGUGUCUUGCAGACAUUCAGCAACUGAUGGUGAAUAAAGAAGAGGUUCCCUCUGAGCAGCCGAAGUGGAGCCCUCUUGUGGACCAGGAGGACCCAGAGCCCCCCCACAUUAAAGAUGAACAGGAGGAACCGUGGACCAAUCAGGAUGGACAGCAGCUUCAAGGACGGGAGGAGACUGAAAUCAAGUUCACAUUGACUCCUGUCCUUGUGAAGGAGAGUGAAGAAGAUGAAGAGAAACUUAAAUCGUCAACCCUUCAUCUGAGUGAGACGCAGGAGAACAGAGCAGACUGUGGAGGACCAGAACCAGCCAGGAACUCAGGUCCUGAUGGACGUUUACAACCAGGUCCUGAGGACAAGAAUGAAGACUCUUCUGAGACUGAAGACAGUGAGCAUGAUUGGAUGAGGACCAGGGAACCUCAGAGUACUUUAAAUACAAGAAAUAACAAACAGUAUUUUAGUGAUAUGGGAUGUAAGACAGAAAAAAAAAAGUUUUGUUGCUCUGAGUGUGGUAAAAGAUUUAACCAAAGGGACCAUCUAAGUACACAUAUGAGGAUUCAUACUGGAGAAAAACCGUUUAGUUGCUCUGAGUGUGGUAAAAGAUUUAACCAAAGAGGCAGUCUAAAUAUACAUAUGAGGAGUCAUAAAGGAGAGAAAGAGUUUUGUUGCUCUGAGUGUGGUAAGAGAUUUAACGUAAGGGGCCAUCUAAAUAGACAUAUGAGGAGUCAUACUGGAGAAAAACCGUUUAGUUGCUCUGAGUGUGGUAAAAGAUUUAACCAAAGAGGCAGUCUAAAUAUACAUAUGAGGAGUCAUACUGGAGAGAAAGAGUUUUGUUGCUCUGAGUGUGGUAAGAGAUUUAAUGUAAGGGGCAGUCUAAAUAGACAUAUGAGGAGUCAUACUGGAGAAAAAACGUUUAGUUGCUCUGAGUGUGGUAAAAGAUUUAACCAAAGAGGCAGUCUAAAUAUACAUAUGAGGAGUCAUACUGGAGAGAAAGAGUUUUGUUGCUCUGAGUGUGGUAAGAGAUUUAACGUAAGGGGCAGUCUAAAUAGACAUAUGAGGAGUCAUACAGGAGAGAAACUGCUUAGUUGAUCUGAGUUUGGUAACAGAUUUAAGGUUCAGUCCUAUUUUACACAACAUGUGAGGAUUCAUACAGGAGAGAAGUGAUUCAGUUGCAACCUUUGCUACAAAAGAUUAAAUAGGAUUAUCAGCAGCUAUUCAAAUUAUACAUAUUCAUAGUUCACUAUUUUAAACAGACUAUUAACAGUUUUUAUGUCCCUAGAAAAUGUAAAUCAUUGAAUAACACCAAAGAUUUGUGUUUAUAUAUCUUAUUUCUACCUAUUGUAUCUUUUUUUCAUAAUGUCCUUCAUGUCAUUUUAAGGUUAAAGUGUGUUCCUUGCACAUAAUUAAUGGGUGUUCUUAACUAGUUCAUAUGAUUAAAACAAUGGUUUCUUGGUUUGUGAGAUUCAAUGACAGUGUGUGUUCUCCUUUAUGUAUUGUAUGUGUUUUCAAGAAUAAAAGUCUAAUGAAAAGAUAA